ACGUCAAUAUGACAUUCCUGACAGCUCAAAUUUGACAACUUGACACAAACAAAACGGGAGCAGCGAUUUAGGGCUAGGCAACUGAGGUGGUUUUUGUUGAUAAAUGAUAAUUCACUCGUAUUCAAAUACAGGUACAAUAAAACUUACGUCUGAUAUACUAGGGAAUAAUUAAGUGCCAGCACAAAUUUACGUGCCUAGUAAAUUAUUUUUCUAAAUUAUUCAGUGAAUUCGCAUACGUAGUAGCGUUCAAUAAACAAGACUAUUUUUUAUCGGGGAAAUCCUAUAUUAUUAUUGCGUUCGUGAUAUAAUUCAACUUCGUCCGUGCCGUAUCAUUGUUAAAGAUGCGAUUCAGCUCAUACAGCUGAGCGUAUUAUGUUCGAUACUAAAGAAUUUGAUGACGAUUUUGAUAGCUUCUUUAAGGAGAAGAGGUUCGACCGCAGUGCCAUGAAUAUGUCGACGAUCGCGCUGGCGGUGGUUGGCGUGGUGCUGGUGCUGCUGGUGCUCGGCUGCUGCUGCCGCCGCCGCAGAAACCGCGGACAAGUGCUCACGCCGGCCACAGUGACGACGACGACGAUCACGACGCAGCCGGCGCCCUACCCGCAGCAGCAGUACGCGCCGCCGCAGCCCUACCCCGUUGUAACACAGUACCCGGCUCAAUCCGCGAGCGUGCCGUACCCGGCGGCGUACCCCGCGGGUGCCCCGUACCCGACCGGCUCGUACCCUGCUGGCACGGGCGGUACGGGCGCACCGUACCCUACUGGCGGGGCCCCGUACCCAACUGGUGGGGCCCCAUACCCUACAGGCGGGGCUCCUUACCCCGCUAGUGGGGCGGCGUACCCUACUGGCGGAGCCCCUUACCCUACCGGCGGAGCCCCGUACCCUACUGGUGGAGCCCCAUACCCGACUGGCGGGGCGCCCUUCGCACAACCCAGUGCACCUGAAGCUAGUGCUUUCAUUGGUAUAGCGGCGCCAGGUUGGCAUCCUCAAGCGCUACCGCCGUCUUACGACCAGGCAGUGGGUAAACAGACGAACAUAUACACGGGCACACACUAGUUCAGUGAACCAUGUGAUAUUCGCGUACCUCUACGAACUGCCGAAUGCGUCUAUAAACUGAAGCUGGCCCGCACUUGAAUUCACGUAUUUGUGUGAUAGAUGUCGAAUUUAUUUUGGAUGAUUCUCACAAUAGAGGUUACGUUAUUUUUUUUUAACUAUUGUGAUAUUGUUAUUUGUAUAUGUAUGUAUAAAAUGUGUCGUACACAUUUCUUCUUGAGAUUUGGAAUGUUUUUUUUUUUUUCGCGCAUUGAGCCAGCUUCAGUUUGUAACAUUGUAUUUUUUGAAUAUUUGUAAGAUAUUAUGUAGGCAUUUAACAAGUAAGUUUAAUUACUGUGAAAUUUUAACACGAUGUAAUUAUAAAAAUGUUGUUUAAAUAUGGUUGAACUUAUAAAGCAGCGAAAUUAAAUGUUAUGUAUUAAGUAAUCGGUAAUUUCGUAUUAUAUUACUAACACACGCAGGUUCGGACGUCUUCUGUGAUUACAAUUUAAUUUCGUUGUUUUACACAUGUCGCCGUGAGAUUGUAAAAAUCGUUUGUUUAUAAUCUAAUUCGCGUGAUUGAAAACUGUCAGAUAUUUGUUGAUUGUAAUUAUAUUUUUUAAUGUAAUCGUUAUAUACGUAUUUGCAAUUACAACGCAUUAUUUUAUGUUAUAUUAUAUAGUAUAAACGUACAUUAGAUGAUAUAUAGUGAAACCGUUAAUAUGUGAAAUGGCAAUCGAAGGACCGCACCUCGCGCGCUGCUUGGUGGGACGGAUACAAACGAUCAAUAGGUCUGAUGUCGAAAGUUUAGUUCCCAAACUUCCUAUAUCUGUAUGGUUUUUAAAAUGAACCGAACCUAACUUUACCCAUCGUAUCCGUUCAUCCUAACAGUCGGUCGUCCGUCGGUUCAUACGCUAUCGGUUACAGUUCGACAGUUUAUAAUCUGACGGUGUUUACAAUUUUACGGUGACGUACAUAUAUCUGAAUAAAUACUUUAUUUCCAAUGAUACAGGUACAUGCUUUGUCCAGCCGUUUAUAUAUUUACAAGAAAUAUACCCUCCUAUAAAACAUCGACUUAAAUACUUGUACCAUAAUAGUUAUAUAUUCUCAUAAAUAAAUCAUAUGCUGUUGUAAAUUCAUUAUAUAAUUUAAGUAUAAAUAAAUAAUUUAUUGUUUUUUCCUGCAUUUGAACGUUAAAUAACUUAAAGACAGUUAUAAUACGAAAGAAGUAAAUAUUACGUAAACUAUACAAAUACUUAGUAAUACAAAUAGAUAAUGCGUAGAAUAUGCGAUAUACAGAUUAUACAUAACUUUAUUGAUGUCAUCUUUUUACCUCCAUUUUUAGAACGUAUCGCUCUAUUUCGAAAAAAAAAAAUAGCUCAAUCUGUCGAUUUUAUCUUCCGUAGUUGCGAUGAUAACUUUAUAUAGAAGCUGCAACGCGAUUGACCACGUGUCAGCAGGCAUUUUUUGGUAGAAAUUGCAGAACUGUCGACUUAAGAAAUGUUACGUUUGGAACUAAAAUGAAUAUUAUUUUGUGUGCUAACGUUUGGUUUGAUUUCGUUUCGUUACAGGAUGUUUUCUCUCUUUUUAGCUACGUGUAGAUAUUCAGUGUAUCGACACGUUGACGAGUUGCCGAGCAAAA